AGCAGCCAUUAGCGCCCUCUUGUUCCCAUGACUUUUGCUCCCGCGAGAUCUUGUCCUAAAUCUCUGGAGUGCUGUUGUUAUGGAUACAGACGCGUCGCAAUCAGUGAGCAGUUUUUUCGACUAUGGUACAAAAUGAUGUAGUGCAAAAGAGCCUUUGAUUUGUUAACUAACGCAGUACUUGGAUAAAUCACUGGUCAUGGAGCAUGACAAUGAACUGAAUGACUUGCGGCUUCAGUUCCAAGCGCUCCAAAAACAGCAGGAGAAAAGAAUACUGGAUAGGAAAAAGCAGAAAGAAGCAGAUAAGCUUAAUGUCAGUGUUACCCAGGAGGAUUUGGAUCUAUGUAAGCAAGGUAUUCAGGCAGACGAUCUCAAACACAGACUGCUUCAGAAUGAGAGUCAAAAUCAAAAUUUACUGGACCAGCUGAGGGAGCUUGAGGAUGAAAAUGGUCGGCUCUUCAAACUUCUAAGUGAAAAGGACUUUGAAAUCAAACACCUGAAGAAGAAAAGAGAAGAAGAACGGCUGGUUUUAGCAGGCACAUCAGGCUUGGCAGGGGAUAUCGCAGCCACCAAGAUUGUUGAGCUGUCCAAGAGAAAUAGAGAGCUAACUGCUGAAAUUGAGCGAGAAAAGCUUAAAUCCAAGCAAAACAGCAACAGAAUCAAAGAGCUUGAGAAAGAGCUGCAGGCUAUCCAUCUGGCGCACUCUCCAUCUGGGCAACAAAUGUAUACAAAGUCACAGGACAAGAGGGCAUCGGAAGACUGUGGGCAGGACAAUCCAGUGGUAAAAUCUCUGCAGGACAAAUUAGCUGCUGCCCAGCUGAAAGUGACUGAGUAUCGUAACCAGGUUCAAUCCGUCAAACAGGAGUUGAAAGUAGCUCAGAAGGUUUUGAUCAGUGAGAUUGGAGAGGACGUCAACUUUCAGCAAUUACUAAACUGCCCCGGGAGCUUCAGAGGUCGCUCUCAGCAGAUACUGGCUCUUCAGACAAGGGUGCGGGACCUUGAGCAGCAGCUGAACCUGUCAACUCAGCGAAGACAGCAAAGUGUCCUGAGCUUAGAGGAAGAGUUUCUGGGCAUGGGGGUCCAGAAAACUCCUCCUCAAGAGAGGAACCUCAGCUUCAUCCGCACCAUCGAGAAGGAGAAGAGGGAGGCAUUUGAGAGGAUCUCAGUGGACUAUGAGGCCCUCCUGAAAGACCACGGGGAUGUGAAGAAAAAGCUUGAAGCCUCCAAAGCUAGAAACAAAUCUCUUUCUGCUGAAAUGAAAACUCUGAAGGUCCAGAUCUCCACUCUCCUGGAGAAGGGUAAACAUGAUGAUGAGCUUGUGGAUGCUCUGCUGAAGCAGCAGACUCAGAUGCAGGAGGUGCUGAGACGGCUCGGCCAACAACAGAACGCCACAAGAAAGGAGACCCAGCAUAGCCUGAGACAACAGCUGAGCACUGAGCCUUCAGAGUCCAAUACUCUCAUCCAGAAUCUUAAAGAGAAGGUUGCAGGCAAAGAGGCCAGGAUCAAGGAACUAGAGGAGGAAAUCCAACACCUCUCUGUCAAGGAAGAAACCACGGACAGACAGCCCAGCAUCAAGACAACAAUUUGCAGUUCAGGAUCUUCCCCUGAAGAGGGAGACAUUACCAAGAGAAUACCACAUUCAGGGUACGUGUGUGCUAAUUUACAUGUCAAACUAAUCUCCUCUGCUGACUGUUACAGUAAGACUAGUUUCUAAGAACUCUUGUCUGGCAAAAAAGGGUUAAUAAUUCACUCUGGCUAAUGUGGAACUUUCUGUAUUGGAUUAUUGAUUUUGUUUUAAGCCUCACAGCUUUGCCACAGUGAUUUAUGUUAUAUGACUGUCUGUCAUCUUCU